ACCUGGCCUAAGAUGGGGAGCGUGCUUUUUGCAGCUGUGUUCAUAGCGUUACAUUUUGCCACCGGCGGCCUGGCCAACCCAGAUGCUAAACGUUUAUACGACGACCUCUUAAGUAACUACAAUCGCUUGAUACGGCCUGUUGGCAAUAACUCCGAUCGUCUAACGGUCAAAAUGGGUUUACGUUUGUCACAACUAAUUGAUGUGAAUUUAAAAAAUCAAAUCAUGACGACAAAUGUGUGGGUAGAACAGGAGUGGAAUGACUACAAAUUAAAAUGGAAUCCUGACGAUUAUGGCGGCGUUGACACCUUACACGUACCUUCUGAGCACAUAUGGCUGCCCGAUAUAGUUUUGUACAAUAAUGCUGACGGCAAUUACGAAGUGACAAUAAUGACAAAAGCAAUCCUCCAUCAUACCGGGAAAGUGGUGUGGAAGCCGCCUGCCAUCUACAAGUCAUUCUGUGAAAUCGACGUUGAGUAUUUUCCCUUCGACGAACAGACGUGCUUCAUGAAAUUCGGCUCAUGGACAUAUGACGGUUAUAUGGUGGAUUUACGACAUCUCAAACAAACACCCGACUCGGAUAAUAUCGAAGUUGGCAUUGACCUUCAGGAUUAUUAUAUAUCUGUGGAAUGGGAUAUUAUGCGAGUUCCGGCAGUCAGAAACGAAAAGUUCUACAGUUGUUGCGAGGAACCCUACUUGGACAUUGUGUUCAAUUUGACGCUGCGCCGAAAGACACUCUUUUAUACGGUCAAUCUAAUCAUACCCUGCGUGGGCAUAUCGUUCUUAUCCGUCUUGGUCUUCUAUUUACCCAGUGAUUCGGGCGAAAAGAUCUCAUUGUGUAUAAGCAUUUUACUCUCGCUGACUGUGUUUUUUCUACUGCUUGCGGAAAUCAUUCCGCCCACCUCAUUGACGGUGCCUCUAUUGGGCAAGUACUUACUGUUCACCAUGAUGUUGGUUACGUUAUCGGUUGUCGUAACCAUUGCGGUGCUAAAUGUUAACUUCAGGUCCCCAGUGACGCAUCGAAUGGCGCCUUGGGUUCAAAGAGUUUUUAUUGAAAUCCUACCCAAACUCUUGUGCAUAGAACGUCCCAAGAAAGAUGAUCCAAACGACGAAGAUGACGACCAGCCCCAAGAAGUUUUGACAGAUGUCUUCCAUCUGCCACCUGAUAUCGACAAAUUCGUAAAUUAUGAUACAAAACGAUUCAGUGGCGAUUACGGUAUACCAGCCAUACCGGCACAACGAUUCGGCGAGUUUGUCGGCAACGCUGGUAUAUCUCCUUGUUUCGGAGAUCCACCCCUGCCUUCUGCACUGCCAUUGCCGGGAGCCGACGAUGAUCUCUUCAGUCCGACCACUGUUAAUGGGGAUCUAAGUCCAAGCUGCUGUCCGGCCGACCUUAGUCCUACUUUUGAUAAGCCAUAUAUGGGUGAAAUGGAAAAGACAAUCGAAGGAUCCCGCUUUAUAGCUCAGCACAUGAAAAAUAAGGACAAAUUCGAAAGUGUUGAGGAGGAUUGGAAGUAUGUGGCCAUGGUUUUAGAUCGAUUGUUCCUUUGGAUAUUCGCCAUAUCUUGUGUCGUGGGCACUGCAUGGAUUAUAUUGCAGGCGCCCAGCUUAUACGAUCAGUCACAGCCAAUUGAUAUUCUCUAUUCGAAAAUCGCAAAAAAGAAGUUCGAACUGCUUAAAAUGGGCAGUGAAAAUAGCUUAUAGCGUCCAAUUGGGUUCGCAGAGGGCUGGUGGAAUAUUCUCAUCAGGUCUCUGCGAACCCUGUUCGCCGCUCGCGAUGACGAUCGCGGAUAAUAUCCAGCUGUCAUUGUGGAGGUGAACGCGGAGUCACUAAAUACAACAUUCGCAUUCGACAUAGGAGAGCAAGUGAUCAAAAUAGAAUUUGAUAAUGACGAUUAGGAAAUAGUUUUAAUCACAACUUCACAAACAACAACAACAGCAACAAAAUACAUUGUUUGCAUGGCUCAAUACC